AUAUACAUGUUUAUAUGUUUAUGCUACCUACAAGUUAGUAUUAAGAAAUACAUAAGCAGUGUAAGAGAUUAAAUAAAAAAGAAUGUGAAGAUUAGAUUCUGAUACAACAGGAAGAGUGGUUUAUAAAGAAUAGAAUAACCAUAAUGUGGCGUGUGAUAGAGUCAACUAACCAUAGUCAGUUUCUACUAAAAGGAAUAUAUUUUAAUGUAGCACAACGAAAAACAGUUAAUCGAAGUCCUGUGAUCGUUAUGUGAUGUUUAGUGAAUAUUAAUGAAAAGUUUUUAAGAAUGUAUAAAAAUAUUUGAUUAAAUAUAAUGUGAUGAAAUUAAACGUUUGCAUAAUGAUGAUGAUGAAUUGAACUUUAACAUAAAGAAAUGUAAAUGAAAAUUAUAUCAAAAUAGAUGUAAAUAUCAGUUAUUCUAAUUGUGUGAUUUAAUUAUAAAUGAAAUGAUCUUCCAAAUAUCAAUCAAACAAUUAAACAGAAUCUUGCUAAUUGUUAUAAUUUUUCUAUAUAUGAUAAUAAUGCCAAUAACUACAGAAGGUAUUACAUGCUUCAAAUGUUUUGCAUCACAACCUGGACAUGAAAAAACUGAUUUAUUAUGUUCUCAAUUUGAUGGAAGUUCUCGAUUUCAAGUACAUUGUCCUUCAUCUACACUUUGUAGAAAAAGAACAAUUUAUUCCAAAUUUAAAACAUCUCUAGUCACAGCUGUAGAAAGGGACUGUGCUCCUCAAAAACGUACAGUACGAAUUUAUAGCGAUAAUAAGUGGCAAAACAAAGAAGAAAUUGUAACAUCAGCUUACAAACAAGGUUGUUUUAUUGGUGAAGAUAGGGGAGCACCAGCAGGUCCACCAGAAUAUUGUUUUUGUGGUCAUCAUUUAUGCAAUUCAUCACAAUCAAUUGAAACCAUCAAUAUAUAUAAUAUUUUUAUAUUAAUAACAGUAUUUCUAUUUGUAACAUUAUUAUGAUAUUUUUCUUUAAGUACUUAUUGUGAUAAAAAACAUUUUUUUAAAUAUGUAUCCAUAAUA